AUCUUCGACCACUUAACAAUCUUUGCUACUGCAUUAUAAUAAUCUAUUUUAUUAUAAUUACAUGAAAUAAUGCGGUUGGUUCUGCACUGGAAAUGUUAUUAAUAACUAUUUGUGGUUUUACAACGAAAGUAGCUGUCAAUGACAAAACGGAGAAACACAUAAACGGAUCAAGAGUCACAUGCAGUUUGCAUGAAUCAAGCGGAUAAAUUAAGCAAUGGCCCUUUAACACCAUUCCUUUGCCUUUCCAGCAGCAGUGCCGGCGCCAUGAUUAUUUACUUCUGUGUAAUUAAAUAGAGCAGAAGCAUGCUUGUACCUAAUACCAGUACAGGGACACACAGCGCACAGUUUGACAGCUAACGAGAGGUGUCGGAUGGGCUUGUGCGAUCAAUCACACUGUAUAUAAACAGUGAAGUUUAAGGUUAGCUAUGCAGUUGUUGGUGAAACAGCGGAGGAAGUGAAAAAUGCUGCAGAUCGGGGACGGAGCGGAGUGCCUGUUGGUGCUGUUCGCGCUGUCCCUCGCCGGGACCCGCAAUGUGGUCCUGUCCGCCGGGUUCAUCGCCGCUCUCUACGUUUUGCUGGUCCUGUGUCGCUUCCCGCAAGUGCCGGCGAGCCAGACCGAGCAAGUGCUGAGACCGCGAAAGAAGGCGCUGAGCGGCGGCAUCUCCGUGAUCGCACACCGCGGUGGCGGACACGACGCGCCCGAGAACACCAUCGCAGCAAUCCGGGAGGCCAGUGCGAACGGGGCUACGGGCGUGGAGCUGGACCUGGAGUUCACUGCUGAUGGCAUCCCGGUGCUGAUGCACGAUGAGACCGUGGACCGGACCACGAAUGGGUCUGGGUUUCUAAAGAAUCUCAACUUCGCUGAUCUCAGCAAUUUGGACGCCGCGGCCAGGCACAGGCUCAGAGAGAAGUUCCAUGGAGAGAAAAUCCCCAGCCUGCAGGAGGCGGUAGAGGAGUGCAUCUUGCACCAGCUGACCAUCUACUUUGAUGUCAAAGGUCAUCCCGAUGAGGCAGCCUCUGCUUUGAAGGAGCUUUACAAAAAACACCCAGUUCUCUACAACACCAGCAUCGUCUGUUCCUUUGAGUCCACAGUGAUCUACAAGGUGCGCCAGGCUGACCCCGCAGUGGUGACGGCCCUGACUCACCGCCCGUGGAGCAUCAGCCGGCUGGGCGACGGCACACCCCGCUUCUCCUCGCUGUGGAAACACCACUGGAGCCAGGCUCUGGACGUGCUGCAGGACUGGGCCGUCCAUCACCUUCUCUGGCGUGUGUGCGGCGUAUCGGCCAUCUUGAUGCAGAAGAGCUUCAUCUCCCCGCACUAUGUACAGUACUGGGCGAAACGGGGUGUGGAGGUGGUUGGUUGGACCAUCAACACGGCCGUGGAGAAGCAGUACUACCAGGACCUACUGAAGAUCAAUUAUAUCACGGACAGCCUGAAGGAGGACUGUGAACCUCACUACUGAGCUUGCUGUAGUGGGCUGCACGUGGUGACGGCAGGACACACACACACACACAAACGACGCACAAUUAGAGGUUCUGCCGUCAAACACGCCUGUACACGUAUUGGCUUCUGUCAUUUCGAUUAAAACCCAUUCCGGUUUAAGGAAACGUGAUCCUUGAGGGGAUUUGCCUGUCAAGCAUGCGCAGAUGUGCCCCAAAGCUACGCUCUGCUCUCGCUCGGAUGUACUGUGUGCCCCUUCAUUCUUCCUCAGUAGACCCCUUUUCAGUCUGCGCUGCGUUGCUGUACUGUGCUUUCAGUAGCAGUCUGUCCAGGUUUAAGUGCUUCCAGCCCUUGAAAAUGUCUCUGGAGCAAAACCAGGAGAUUAUCAUUUGUCUACAAGCUGUUUGCAGGCAUCUUACUGUAUGAUGUGGUUUGCAACUUGGAAAAUUACUGUCAGGUGCUUUUGAAUAUUAACCGUUCCUUUUGUAUAGAUGUUAUGUCUUGUCAGAGGGCCUAUUCUGUUUUAGAAAGAGUAACUGAAAUUCUGGAUGAGUCAGAACACUACAUGCAUAGACUAAAUAUGACAUUACAUGCAGCUAACUUUCACUUGUUGAUUCCAUUGUAAUUUUUUUUUUUUGGGGGGAUCUUUAAGUUCACACCUUCGUACCUUUUGCAGAUAGGACCGUUUGUGGCAGUAUGAAACUUGAUAGCUAGACUUUGCUAAAUAGUAUCAGUCAAACAUCGUGUCGGUCACCUCCAGGGUGUGAAGGACAGUGGGAUGGGGGCGUGGGUCUCAUCAGUCACGUUAUUGAUAUGUCCCAUUCAUAAGUAAUUAGUUAUGUGAAAUCAUCCAUCCAUUUUCCAAACCGCUUAUCCUACUGGCUCGCGGGAGGUCCGGAGCCUAUCCCGGAAGCAAUGGGCAUGAGGCAGGGAACAACCCAGGAAGGUGGGCCAGCCCAUCGCAGGGCACACACACCAUUCACUCACGCAUGCACUCCUAUGGGCAAUUUAGCAACUCCAAUUAGCCUCAGCAUGUUUUUGGACUGUGGGGGGAAACCGGAGUAUGUGAAAUCAUAGUUAGCCUAAUUAUUUACUCGGGUGAAUAGUUAGCCUCAAAUUCUAUUUUUAGCUCUUAAAAACUUACCAAAGUCCAGCACCAGCUGACCUAAUAACUGGCUGUGGCUCUAGUCACCUCAAUGGACGAAUAAAGAAAACCAAAUUACAGAGUGCAUUGUGGAUGCGAUUCAGCUCAGGACACACUUACACCUGUUCAUGAUUUCAUUUCUUGCAUAAUUUCAGGUUUGGUGCAUAUGGGGAAAAAGGAAAAUAAAAUAUUUGAAUUGUGUUCUAAACAAAAGCAACCGUGCUUUAGUAUGGUAUGUGUUUGUUAUAAUAAACCAUAAUUUAGCCA